AUGAGUCCGAUGAGGGUGGUGUCGUCUGAACUUCAGGAGCUUGACAGACUGGUGACUGGAGGUGCAGCUCCCCGUCUCAAGCUGUCCCACCCUGCCUCCCCUCCCUCCUCUCCUCUUCCUGCUCCUCUUUCUCCUCCCUCCUGGUCCCCACAGGCCCACCUGGACUCCCAGUCAGCGUUCUCCCUCCAUGAGGGGCAGGGGGAGGCGCUUGGGUCCCUGGGGACGGACCCCCGGCCUCUUCAUAUUGAAACAUCUGAGAGCCUCGGGGACCUGGGACAACCAGCCUUCCACGAUGUCUCAACUUUAACAGACCUUUGUUCCGACCUGCCCGAGUUGGAGAUAGUGAGCCUCCUGUCUGAGGGUCAGCCCAGCUACACCCUCCGAGCGGACACGGUGUUCGGAUACGACCAUGACGACUGGCUGCACACCCCUCUGCUGACACCAAUCGUGGCUCUGGGACUCACACACGAGCAGAUAGAAGAGACGCUCAAGUACUUCUUGCUGUGCUCGGACAGAGUGGGCCAGGUCACCAAGACAUAUCAUGACAUCAAGGCGGUCACUCACUUGCUGGAGGAGAAAGAGCGGGAUCUCGAGCUAGCGGCGCGGAUCGGUCAAUCCCUGCUGAAACAGAACCAAGAAAUAACCGCACGCAAUGAAAUGCUGGAUGAGCAGCUGGAAAUAGCAAAGGAAGAGAUUGCUCAACUUCGCCAUGAGCUGACAAUGAGAGACGACCUCCUUCAGUUCUAUGCGAGCACCGAGGAGAUCGAGAACGCUGAAUCACGUUCCCCGAUAAAAAGAAAUGAGUCAUGCACUUCUCUCACCAACUUGGUCCACUACGACUUCCUGCAUCAGAAACUGAAGGGUCUGGAGGACGAGAAUCGCAUGCUGCGAACAGAGGCCAGUGAUCUCACAACAGAGACGACCAACUACGAGGAGCAAGAGCAGGAGCUGAUGAUGGUGUGUGUGGAAGAACUCUCAUCUGUCAAUAAGCAGGUGGUGGACCUGUCAGAGGAGCUGGCGCGGAAAGUGGAGGACUUCUUCCGGCAGCAGGAGGAGAUCAGCUCGCUGCUCGCUCAGGCCGUGGACCUGCAGGCUCGCUGCAAAGGGAUCACACAUGAAAAUGAGGAGCUGAACCAACACCUGAGUGCCUCCCGUGAGAGCCAGCUAAAUCUUCAAUCAGAGCUCAAGGACCUGCGGGACAAGUACUCACAGUGUGAGGACAUGCUCUGCGAGGCCCGAGAGGACAUCAAGAACCUGCGGAAUAAGAGCCUCCCCAACAGCACAGUGCAGCGCUACACCGCGCUGGCCUCCGUCCUCCCCAUGGACUCUCUGGCAGCCGAGAUUGAGGGCACCUUCCGCAAAGGCCUGGACACCCCCGCACCCUCAGAGUACAGGACCCACCCGUGGCGUGUGUUUGAAACAGUGAAGGUGGUGAACAAGGUUGCGAUGAGACUGCGGUCUCGCUGCCCCUCCCCCGGGCUGCCCGGCUCCAGCCCGCUGUCGGCUCGCGCCAGCUGCACCAGCACCCCCAGGACCAGCUACUACGGCUCCGACAACAUCAGCCUCACCCUGGAGGAGAAGCCAAACUGCAACAAUGCUCAGAAAGAAGACAACAGUGGGAGUGGGCCGAAGCGCCUGGGCCAGCCGGGCACCCCCGGGGGUCAGGACCUGGAGGCCGCCCUGCGCAGCCUGUCGGCCCGCCAGCAGAGCCACUCCUCUGAGCGGCCGUUCUUCGACGUGGAGCGUGAGCGGAAACUCCACGCCCUGGCAGCGGACUGCGAGGAGGCAGAAGGCUCCAGCGGCUUCCUGACGCCCAACGACAGCCUGGUCUCCAGCCCGGCCACCUCCACCGGCACCAACUACUCCAACGGCAGCUCCCGGCACUCGUGUGGCUCCUCAGGAGGAUCCAGGUCCUACCUGCCCGACCGCCUGCAGAUCGUCAAACCACUGGAAGGCUCGGUGACUCUGCACCAGUGGCAGCAGUUGGCCAAACCCAACCUGGGGGGCAUCCUGCACCCCCGCCCCGGCGUCCUGACGAAGGACUUCAGGGAGCUGGAGGUGGACAUACAGCACGUCUACAGUCUGAACGACCUGGAGGAGGACGAGCCUGACCUGUCGCAGCUCUCCGGAGCACAUGGCAUGGCCUCUCCAUCCAAACUCCCUCAGACCCCCCCCUCACAUCUAACAACCACCUGCCAAGUCCUCCAACCCUCCCUCCUCAUGUCCUCCUUCUCCACUAGCCUUCGCUCUUUCGGCCUGCCAUCUUGUAGGAACUGUGAGCUUGUGAACACUUCAUCGCCAUCCCACCAGCAGCACGUUGGCGCGGGAGGCCGGACCGCCACCUCAAAUGUAACCACUUCAUCGCUGGGACUCCUGCAGCUUUUGCAAGAGCGUGGCAUCUCAUCUUCUCCUCAUCCUCACCACUGCCUGCACUACAGCCACAGUGCAGAACCUCCACCAUUCACAGGGAGGGACAACAGUGGAGGAUUACAAUCUGACAAAGAGGGGAGAAGGAACGCUUUCAGUUUGAACUUGGUGGAGAAACUUCAAGGUCUGGGGUUGCACAGAGUGGCAGCUUUGGGGAUGACGGGCCACAGUGGGAGAGAGGAGCAGUCAAACCUCCUCUGAAGAGUUUAAACCGACUGCUUCUCAGUGUAUUAACUUUAAAACCAGCCAUGUGUUCCCCGCUGUGUGCCGUUCAGAACCCACAGCUCUGACAAACGCCACAGAAUGUGCUAGAGCCAUAUUUAAAGUUGUUGGUAGUGUACAGUUAUAUUAUUUUGUAUGAAUGUGUGUACAGUAGCUGUGUGUGUGACAUUCAUCUCAGGAACAUCACCUGAUCACCAGUCUGUUUGACUGCAACCUGCAGAAACAGCUUAUUUUUUCACAAAAAAAUCAUGAAGAAAAAACCUUUUAUACCGUGUUUUGUGAUUGUUAUUAUACAUAUUUUGCCUGCCGCCGGUUUUAAAGGGGACAUAUCAUGUAAAAACACACUUAUAAUGUACUUGUCUGGAGUGAACAACCGAAAACUGUCAAAUAAAACUCUUUGGGCUGCCAUGCUCCCCUUACCUUCACCAAGUUGCACCAUAUUAUUCCCAUAAGCCAAUCAGAGUAGACUGUACUUUGUUUAAGAGGUGUCCUUAAAGAGACGGGGGCUAAAACGUUUCAGACAUAUAAAAGUAUAUCCAGUAGAAACCCAAUAACAAGUAUGAACAUGAAAAUGAACAUGAUAUGUCUCUUUUAAAAGGUCAUUUUUCCAAAACUGGAACAUCCCUUGUAUAUACUGUAACACAAUUGUCUUUUGGGAAGUUAUGAAAAAACUAUAUGCAGUAAAUUAUUGUUAGUUUGAACAUCAAACCAAACCAAUGCUUUCACACUGAAGUACUUUAAAAAAAAAUAACCACUGAAAAACACUCUGGUCUUCUUGCUUAUUAGCUGCUACACUGAGCAGAGCAUGUUGUAUUGAGAGGCAUUGCGAUUAUGCACUGACUGAAAUAUACAAUGUUGAUGAUUUUGACAUCCAGCCGUCUGCUCUGAAGUUGAUUUGUUCUGGCUGCACAGAGAAUUUACUUUUUUAACUUGAUCGUGAGCAAAACUCACCAAAAAUAAAUCAGGUUGCCUCACUGUAUUAAAGACAGUGAAAGGGAUUUUAAAAUGCAAUAUAUAUUUACUGCACUGCGUUGACUGAGAAUCUUGCUUGUACAAAUCUGCUGCAUUUCACAUCAUCAGGACAUUUGAAAUUGCUUGGAUAUAAUGAAAAAGAAAGGGCAUUCAAAGUGAAUUCCCUGUGUUUUAAGGGGAAUCCUUAUUUAAAGACGAGACGAGUGAUUUAAAACGGCAUGUUUCUUUGAAAUUUGUCGAACAAUCAACUGUAGCAAAAAGGCAUAGGAUACUGUGGAUUUGAAAGGGAAGAAAUCAUAAACACAGGUUAUCCUUAUAAUGUGUUAUGACGUAAAUCAACCAAACUGCACUAGUGUUUGCUCUGUUCUGUGUUAGCAUCACACUGUUAAUGUCAGUGACGUGUGUAUACUACCUGUGAAUAAAAACGUUGCAUUUCUA